AUGUUUAAUUCAGUGAAUAAAUGGGUAAUUUUGGUUCUGUUAAUCUCGUUUCUUUUCUCUCUCAGAACCCCCAAAAAAAGUACCCAAACAGAGGAGCAGAAGAUUGAAACUCAUCCAGUCUUUUCAGUCUUUCUGCAAACUCAACAAGGCGCUUCUUUGGGGCCAAAUCCUGGCCUAGAGUAUGACCAUUACAGAGACUCGUGUCCUGAUGCUGAGAAGAUUGUGAGGUCAAUGAUGUCCAAGCUUUAUUGUGAGCAGAAAGAUGUCUCUGCGGCUCUCUUGCGCCUCUUUUUUCACGACUGUUUCAUCAGGGGCUGUGAUGCUUCAUUGUUCUUGGAUGACAGCAAUGGCAAUACGAACCAUUCCAUUGAGAGGCGGGCGGCUCCCCAUAGCACCCUGAAAGGUUUUGAUAAAAUUGAUCUGAUUAAGGCAGAGCUUGAAAGGGCUUGUCCAGGGGUGGUUUCUUGUGCUGACACGCUAGCACUUGCCACAAGAGAUGGCAUUAUUCUGCAAGGUGGUCCAUACUAUCCAGUGUUUACAGGCAGGAGAGACAGUAGUGAAUCAUACUUUCAGGAAGCUAUGGAUGAGAUCCCAAAACCAGAUGGCAAUCUUUCCCGGACACUUCACCUGUUCUCUCUCAGAGGCUUCAAUGAAAGAGAAACAGUCAGUCUUUUAGGGGCCCACAACAUCGGAAAAAUUAGCUGUCAGUUCAUUCAAGACCGCCUCUACAACUUUAUGGGGACAGGUCAACCAGAUCGAACUAUUGCUGCCGAUUUUCUGAAUGAACUGAGACUGAAUUGCCAGGCCAACCACGGCAGCAGCAGCCUUAAUGAUUCUGCAAUUUCAUCCGGCUCAGAUUUUGACACACACUAUUUUCGGAGCUUGCUGAGAGGGAGAGGACUACUCUUUGCUGAUCAGCAAUUGAUGGCUGAUGAGAAAACUGCAACCCAUGUAAAGUAUUACGCAUCAGGCGAUGGAACAAUCUUCAGAAUUGACUUUGCCAGGGCCAUGGUUAAGAUGUCAAACCUUGGAGUCCUGUCAGGAUCUCAAGGUCAGGUCAGGAUUAAGUGUUCCUUGCCUGCUGAAUAUUCCUGGUAG